CGCCAAAAAUCCCUUCUUAUACCUGUAACAUCUUUGCCGACCUGUAUUCUGUAUUCAGACGUUGAACUUGAAGCCCGUGGACAGGCUGUUGCAUAAGCUACAUAUUUACAGUAAAAUCAGUGACUGACGAUGCUGAUGUUAACUAUCGUAUGUUUGGUAUGCACACUGAAUCUUGUGGUCGGAUGGACAUGGGUCAACAAGUUUGAUGAGCCGGUCGAUUUUUCGUGUCCAAAUGGUCAAGCCCUAUCUGUUAUCCACAGUGAACAUAAUAACUAUUUUGAAGAUCGCAAAUGGUCAUUAGGAUGUAGAUCUACUGGUGGACAAUACGAUCAUUGUUACUGGACUCCUUCUUAUGUGAAUGACUGGGAUGACUUCUUCAACUUUCAAUGCAGCCAUUAUGGAUUUUUAACUGGUAUAAACAGCAUCCAUGACAACUACUUUGAGGACAGAAGGUUCAGGUUUAAAUGUUGUCAAAUUUCUGGAAAGGAUCUUAGUCAAUGUCAAACAACCUUCAGGAAUAAAUUUGACAAACCCAAUACAGUGAAUGUACCAACUGGUUCCGUUGUAAGAGGUGUUUCCAGUACACAUUCCAACUACUACGAAGAUCGACAAUACAGCUGGAAAAUAUGCAAGUUGGUUAAUCGUGGAUAGUUUUCCAUAAUUUGAGGAUUUAGAGAAGUUGAAAACUUUAACACCAAUUAAAAAAAGCCAAUUUUAUGAAAAAAGUACUUCUGUAUUCACGACAUGCUUAAUAAAAGUGUUUGGUUA